AUGGCAUCCCAUCAUCACUAUUCCUCUCUGCCCCCCUUGACUUCUGAUGAGCGUUCUCGCGCCCGAGACGUAUUGAGUAGGAUAAUUGAUCGUACCAACCACAGUGGCUCCAAGGGUGGAUAUAAUCGCCAUUUACUUGUCCGCCAUACCUAUGCCUACGCACAGUCUGACUUGUCCAGGGAUAACUUCCUGCGGGGGUCCUUCACUUUUAUGGGAUUCGAUAUUAGCAGUGAGGAUGAUGUCAACAUGGAUGAUGAUCAGAUUCCUUCAAAAUUCAUUCAUUUUGCAGACCUGCUUCUUGAGCAGUUUUUCUUUCCAUUGAAGGCAAGUGGAAAGAUUACUCCACAGCCAACUUCUGCUCAGCUUUCAGCAAUGCAAAGCAUACAAUCAUCACAUGAAAUUAUCAGCAUGUCUGAGCAAGGUUCAUACCUCCAAGAUCUUUGCCUUGUUCGUGACCAGUAUCGCUGUGUGAUAUCCCGCAUUUUUGAUGCAUCCCAAGAAGUCAAGCGAACAGAUCAGCAUGGACUAGAUGCUCAAGAUGAUGUUGGGAAUCUGCUUAGGGAUGAGAAUAGAUUUGAGGAGCUAAAAGUGGCACAUAUAUUUCCCCACUCUCUCACUCAAAUGAAUGUGAAUUUACAACUGGGCAAUUCCAGACAGACUACAAUUGGCAUCCUCAACAUGUUUGAUUGUGAUGUGGUCCAUCUUAUUGAUAGCCCACACAAUGCUAUUAGCCUGACUCCAACUUUCCAUAAACUCUUUGGCAAUUUUGAUAUAUAUUUUGACGCUGUUGCUGGUGAGGAACAUACCUACUGCAUUGAUGGCUUCCUCAAUCCCAUCUCAGCUGCGCGUCGAGGGCUACCUGUUACUCGCAAGCUUCUUUUAAGUGAAGAACACAUGAUAAAUGCACCGUCCCCACGGCUACUUGCUCUACACCGGGCCAUUGCUCAUAUCCUUCACCUGUCAGGAGCUGGUGAAUAUAUCAAUAAGAUACUCCAGGAAUUUGAGGAGACAGGUGCGCAAAAGGACGGGUCCACGGAUCUGGGACGUAUCUUGACCCUAAGACUUGGGUUGGUUUGA